GUCUCUUCACACUCCUGGUUGAAGAUUUUGGGGUCAAGGGAGUACAGGUUGAAGAGAUUUAUGAUCUGCAGAGCAAAUGCCAAGGCCCUGUGUAUGGGUUCAUCUUCCUGUUCAAGUGGAUUGAGGAGCGCAGAUCACGCCGGAAGGUCUCUACCCUGGUGGAUGAGACAUCGGUGAUCGACGAUGACAUCGUUAAUAACAUGUUCUUUGCUCACCAGCUGAUCCCCAAUUCCUGUGCCACCCAUGCCCUGCUGAGCGUCCUCCUGAACUGCAACAAUGUUGACCUGGGCCCCACGCUGAGCCGCAUGAAGGAUUUCACCAAAGGAUUCAGCCCUGAGAGUAAAGGCUAUGCCAUCGGCAACGCCCCAGAGCUGGCCAAGGCCCAUAACAGCCAUGCCAGGCCGGAGCCACGGCACUUGCCAGAAAAGCAGAACGGUAUCAGCGCUGUGCGAACCAUGGAGGCUUUUCAUUUUGUCAGUUAUGUCCCCAUCAAGGGACGGCUGUUUGAGCUGGAUGGGCUGAAGGUCUAUCCCAUUGACCACGGGCCAUGGGCUGAUGACGAGGAAUGGACGGACAAAGCCAGGAGAGUAAUCAUGGAGCGCAUUGGCCUGGCUACUGCAGGGGAGCCGUACCACGACAUCCGCUUCAACCUGAUGGCGGUGGUUCCUGAUAGGAGGAUGAAGUACGAGUCCAAACUGCACAUCCUGAAGAUGAACCGCCAGACUGUGCUGGAGGCCUUGCAGCAGCUUAUCCGAGUAACUCAGCCUGAGCUGAUCCAGACCCAGAAGUCUCAGGAGUCUCAGACUCUGGAAGAGGCAAAGCCAGCCAUCAGCAAGACUGUGACUCCAGAGAGCACCCACCCAGAUGGCACUGAUGAGCACACCAGCCAGGGCCACCCUGCAGCCACGCAGAGCCCACCCAACAAAUCCAAACUGGUAGCAAAGACGUCAGUGAGCAGUAUCAACGGGGUGCCUCCAGCAAACCCCAACCCCAUUGUGCAGAGGUUGCCAGCCUUCCUGGAUAAUCACAACUACGCCAAAUCCCCCAUGCAGGAGGAGGAAGACCUUGCGGCAGGAGUGGGUCGCAGCCGGGUCCCAGUCCGACAGCACCAGCAGUACUCGGACGAUGAGGAUGACUACGAUGAUGAUGAAGAGGAGGAAGUUCGUAACACCAACUCAGCCAUCAGGUACAAAAGGAAAGGGCAGGUAAAGCAAGAGCACGUGACAGGGGCUGUGGAUGGCCAGCUCUCCGUCCUCCAGCCCAACACCAUCAACGUCCUGGCUGAGAAGCUGAAGGAAUCUCAAAAGGACCUUUCCAUUCCUCUGUCCAUCAAGACGAGCGGCGGAGGCGCCGCCGUGGCGGUGGUCACCCACUCCCAGCCCUCUCCCACCCCGAGCAAUGAGAGCACGGACACUGCCUCCGAGAUUGGCAGCGCCUUCAACUCCCCGCUGCGCUCUCCCAUCCGCUCGGCCAACCCCACCCGCCCCUCCAGCCCUGUCACCUCCCACAUCUCCAAGGUGCUCUUUGGCGAGGAGGACGGCCUGCUGCGCGUUGACUGCAUGCGCUACAACCGGGCCGUCAGGGACCUGGGGCCUGUUAUCAGCACCGGGCUGCUGCACCUCACGGAGGAUGGCGUGUUCUGCCCGCUGGCUGUUGCAGAUGGGGGGAAGAGCUCCCCCCCUUCCAUCAAACCCGGUGAAGAGGCCCCGGUCGCAAUCAAACUGGACGAGAAGGAGGGCAGUGAGGCCAGUGACAGCAAAGAGAAGGAGCUGCUGGCACUACUGAAGUGCGUGGAGGCAGAGAUUGCGAACUACGAGGCCUGCCUGAAGGAAGAGGUGGAGAAGAGGAAGAAAUUCAAGAUCGAUGACCAGAGGAGAACCCACAACUAUGACGAGUUCAUCUGUACCUUCAUCUCCAUGCUGGCCCAGGAAGGCAUGCUGGCAAGCCUCGUGGAGCAGAACAUCUCGGUCCGCAGGCGGCAGGGAGUCAGCAUCGGCCGUCUGCACAAGCAGAGGAAGCCGGACCGCCGGAAACGCUCCCGCCCAUAUAAAGCCAAGCGUCAGUAGCCUGGGAGUCAGGACUGUGAGAAGCAGCAGCUGGGCUUUGUGGCUUUGGGCAGUGGCAGUUGGAUCUAUGUUACCCUUUGCCCUAGGAAGAGGGACCACAGUGACAAGCCCUUGGCCCCGAGGUGGAGCCUGGGGACAAAGAGAAAUCGGGUUUUCCUCUCAGCCC